UACAUCCAUAACAGAUGUCUAAUAGACAUCCAUGAUGGAUUUAUAUACGACAUCUACCAUGGAGAUAAUAUGGAUUUUUAUUAGAAAUCUAUACAAUAUCCACUGUGGAGAUAGAUGUCGCAUGGAGUUAUGGAGGGUAUAUGGACGUCCAAUGGAUGUCAUGUUCCGUGUGGGGAGUAUCUAUAUUACUCAGCUGUAUGCAUGCAUUCGAGUGACAGACAGUACGAAGUACUGUCAUAUGAAAGUGUCUGUCAUGGAAAGACCGGUGGUGACUGUGAAGCAGGGAAAACUACAAGGAAUCUUCGAAGAUAAUGUCCUCGGUUCUCGUUAUCUCGCUUUUAAAGGCAUACCUUUUGCUGCUCCGCCAGUGGGCAAGUUGAGAUUUAAGGAUCCCGAAUCUCCGGCUUCCUGGGAAGGUAUCCGAGACGCUUCCAAAAAUGCGGAUGUUUCUAUACAAUUGCAAGCAUUGCCUUUUUCUGCGAUAAUCGGCGGCGAAGAUUGUCUUUAUCUUAACGUUUAUAUACCACACAAUAUCUACCGGACGACACGGAAUCCAGUUAUGGUUUUUAUUCAUGGUGGAGCUUUUCUUAUUGGCAAUGGCAAUGAUACUAACAAACGACCUGAUUAUUUUAUGACAAAAGACAUCAUUCUAGUAUCCAUAAAUUACAGACUCGGUGCUUUAGGUUUCUUAAAUAUUGGUCAUGAAAAAGCAAGCGGAAAUCAAGGCUUGAAGGAUCAAGUUGCUGCAUUAAAAUGGAUCAAGGAAAAUAUCGAGACUUUUGGCGGAGAUCCAAACAACAUCACUAUUUUUGGCAAUAGUGCAGGUGGUUCAUCCGUACAUUUGCUAAUGCUAUCGCCGUUAUCUAAAGGUCUGUUUCACAAGGCCAUUCUUCAGAGUGGUAUGGCUAAAUGUUUUUGGACGCUAACACAGAAUGCAGAAGCCAGAGCUUUCAAGCUCGCGUCAAUACUUGGUAACGAUUCUAAGGACCCCAAGGAAGUGAUUGAGUUUCUUCAAACGAUACCUGCCGCCGACAUCGUCAAAGUGCAAUGUAAAGUUUUCACUCCGCAGGAAUCACGCAUUGAGCAAAUAUCUUUUGGACCUACGAUCGAUGAGAAAUCAAUGAGACCUCUUCUGCCAUGUCCUAUUUCUCAGUUACUCGAUAACGAGAAUGAUAUACCGAUCAUCAUUGGUUAUAAUUCUCAUGAAUACAUAAUGUUUAUUAAAGAUACCAGCAAAGAGACUUUAGAGACAAUAUACGCAGAUAUAAAGGUUUACGUAAAAAAACUUACGAACUUGCAAGAUUCGAAAAAGUUAACGCGGUUGACGGAGAAAGUUAAACAGCAUUAUUUUUAUAAUAAGCCACUUACUAAAGAGAGUAUUCCAUCUCUUAUACAAUGCUUGAGUGAUAUUGGUUUUUGUAUUCCUACUAAAAAUUAUGUGAAUGAUCAAAGGAAAAAGAAGCAGGCACCAAUUUACUGCUAUAAUUUUUCCUACGUCGGUAAUGAAAUGACUAACACGAGAUAUAUCUUGGAUAAAUUGGCUAUGAUUGGAGCUUCUCACACUGACGAAAUGGCAUAUCUUUUUUACCAGCCAAUUUAUAAAGUCAAUGAUCCUAAACCGCCGGCGAUAGGUACAAAGGAUCGGGAUGUAUUAGAAAUUCUUACGAAAAUGUGGACCAAUUUUGCAAAGACAGGAAAUCCUACACCUGUCGUUGAUGAGCAUGUAACUACUAUUUGGCAACCGGCAACAACUGAUAGCUGUAAUUACUUGGACAUCGGCGAUACUCUUCAACUUUUAACAAUUGAUCAUAAUAACAUAUUCGAAGAUUCAAAGUUAUAAAAGUUGCACAAACACUAGUAAGUUGAAUGAGACUUUAACAGUUAUAGAUUGUUCAUAUUAUUAUAUAAUUAAUUUAAUAUAUUUCAUGAAGUAAUAAAUAUCUUAAUGCAUGUG